GGAGCUUUGUUUUUAUUUCUAUCUCUAUCUCUUACAAAGCUAAAUCUUGACCGCGAACCAAAAGCCUUCUCAUUUUAGUUUUUUUUUGCCGCUCUGCUUCUUCCCUCUCGUUUUUUUCUUAUUCUUUCAGGUUUUCGCGGACAAAACCCUAGCCCUAACCAAUCCGCUUUUUGUUUAUUUCGAUUCUGAUUCGACUGUUACGAGACCUGAAAUCUGUUGCGGACAAUAGGCAGAUCUCAGAUCGUAGUUGUUGGAAAUUCAAUCGGUGGCUCUGGUGUUACUGGAUUGGAUUUUAUUGGUUUUUUGUUUUGAUUCCGAGUUUUUCUGAUCGGAUUCUUGCUAUACAGGUUUCAAGAAUGGCGUCGAGUUCAGGUUUUCUUGAAGUUUAGCAUUCAAAAUCUCAGGCUCUUAGGAAUUUUAGUCUACGUGAAUCUGGAUUUUCAUUUCCACUCUGUGUGGGCUUUUUGGAUGCUGCCGAUUCGGUUUGCGGUAUUUUUAACUACUGGCUCUACCGACUUGGAAGAAUAUAUAUUGGAUGGGAGAAGAAGCAGCUGGUUUGGCUGCAGUUGCAAAUAAGCCGCUGGAGAAAGAGAGCGCUUCGAGUACCGAAUUGAAGCGUGACCAUCAGUAUCUAGAUGAAGAUACGGAACCUGAGUCGUUUCACAAUAAGAAGCAGGCAAAAGAAGUGUCGAAUGAAGACGUUCGUUCAGAAGUUUCUAAUCCUGUAAUUUCCCCGAAAGGGAAUCAUUUCCAAGAUAUUACAAGUCAGCCAGACGAGCAAGAAAAUACCAACCAAGUUGAACGUGGGGACCUUACGUCGGCUUGUUCGGGAAAUUCAAGCUCAGAGGAUACUUCAAGCGAUGGAAUUCGUUGCCAGAACAACACGUCUCGGAAUGAUGUUGAUGUGUGUGAUGAUGAUGAAGUCUCCCGGGUUGUGAUUGAAAUUCCUAAGCAUGCUAGUUCAACCGGAAUUAAGAAAAUUACGUUCAAAUUCAGCAAAAAAAAGGACAACAAUGACGCAUCCAGGUCAGCUGACAAAAUUCAUUCUUAUGGAAACUCUGACAAGGACUGUAAACCAGAACCAUCCUCGGUUGACGAUGCUUAUACGGAGACAUCUGCACAUAGCUGGGAAGGCUGUGCUGAGAGCAGCAGGUUUCCCCCAGGCCCCAGUAAAAUGGAACUGAAAAUGUCGAAGAAGGUUUUGCCAAACAAUUACCCGUCAAAUGUGAAAAAGCUGCUGUCGACUGGUAUACUUGACGGAGCUCGCGUCAAGUAUAUAUCUACGACAAGUGAGAUAAAGCUAGAUGGUAUCAUAAACGGCGGAGGUUAUAUGUGCGGAUGUUCAAUAUGCAAUUUUACAACUAUUCUCAGUGCUUAUGAGUUUGAGCAGCAUGCUGGUUUCAAAACUAGACAUCCAAAUAAUCAUAUAUACUUGGAGAAUGGGAGGCCGAUUUAUAGUGUUAUACAGGAAAUUAAGAGUGCACCUCUUAGCAUUUUAGAUGAAGUGAUUAAGGAAGUAGCCGGUUCAUCUGUUAACAUGGAUUCAUUUGAGGCUUGGCAAGCAAGUUUCCACAAGGACAGUACAGGUAUUGAAGUGGAAAAUGAUAAUGUGAAGCUUCCGAAAUUGUCACAUCCCAUUGAGAGGUAUAAGCUAAUAACUUUGUGAAUGUUUGAUUAAU